GGUGUGACUUCAUUGUACAGCAUCAGGAAGAUAUACAUGCCUGGCGAACAAACAUGACCGCAGCGCUUACGAGUGGCGGGCUGACGUGGCAAGGAAUACAUAUCCUGAGCAGGAAUAUCAUUCACUUCAUUUUCAGUCAGUUGGCUUAGAGUCAGAGAGCCCGCUCAUUCCGCCGCCUCCUCUGGCCCGCCAAGACGAAGACCUUCAAGAGAGAGGAAUGCUUGGCGCGAGGCUCUUGGCAGUGUCACUCUUUUUGAGAGCAAUGGCUAUUCUUGAGCAGUUCAAUACGAGACAUUUACUUUGUCGUCUGGUGUCGCACACGGGCGAUCUGUUCUGAGGCUAUGCUCGGUCAAUGGUAGCCCCUGAUCUGCAAAUAGCGGCAUCACUGGCUCUUGGCCUCCUUGGCGAUGUUCUCCUUCUCUAUGAUACGAUCGAUCCUCUCUGCACAACGCGCAAGCAGAUUUAUUUCGACUCUGAUGAUUCUUCAGAUGCUUGCCUACCCUGUAAUACUGCAAUGCAACCGACUGACUGCCUGCCCAGUUGAUUGUGGAAGCACCGCCGGUCACCAAACUAAUAAUAACGGGCCCAUGACUAGUGGACGUAUCUCGCACGGUCGCUCAAAAGCCCUUUUCGGUGCUUUCUUGUUUCUAUCUAGCACUAUUCCUGCUGCUAUUCCUGCUGCUAUUCCUACUUUUUUGUCAUUCCUCUCUGGGUGGCUGUCUCUUGGCCUCCGCUUGGCAGGGCGGGAAACAUGCAGCAUUUGACGGAGUAACUGAUUGACUCCUACGUACGUAGGUAGCUUAUAUGUACAGCACAUCUGCUGCCUGUCUGGACCAUACUGUGAGUCUCACUUGCGUUUUGUGCUGGCAGGCAGACACUCUGGUGCCUUCCUGAUUAGACUUUAGGCCCCUUCCUGCUAUAUAUACACCUCUCUUUCUUUAUACAACAUCGUGUCUUGCUCUUCUUCUACAAUUCUCCUCUUAUCGACAAACUAACUAUCUAUCUUGCUUCAUCGUCGUAUUCGACUACUGGCUCUCUUUGCUCGUCUCAUAUGUUACUACUCAUCCUCCAUUGGAUGCUAUGAACCACUACUAAACAACCGCCACUCUUUUGGAUUAUUCAUACAUCGACUGGCUUCAGAUUACGGCCAAUUCUCGUCUUUCGAUCAUUCUAUUCCAUAUUCUUUUUCUUGGUAUUAUCCCUCCGUAUCGUCAUCGCCAUCCGCGGUCAAUCGUCUUUCAAAAAUGUUCAAUAGUCCGGUCGUCUACUUCAGUGAGCAUCGCCCUUCGACAGCAGAUCAAGGACCCUCAAAUAAGCGUCGUCGCCUGAUGCCAGCAACCGAUGAACACAAUUCCGUACUCAAUUGCGGUUGUACUGCUUUCCCAUCUAGUUGGAUCAGUCUCGGAGCCAUCCAGUCGGCACAGAUGCUAGCGGCACCCUCAUUUCCCAUCCUUACUCCGGAAAUUACCUCUAAAGGUGCCCGGCUUAGAUUUGGCAAGACUCCUCGAUUGAAGGCGGGGUCUACCGGCACCUCGUCACCGUUGCCAUCAAGGCCUUCUACCAAAUCAGGACAAAACAGAACAAAGACUCGACAUACCGCAGCCUCAGCUCCGAGUACAUCCUCUUCAACUUCACACACAUCCGCGUCUACCUCGAUCAAGAGUCUCUUUCGCCGCGCUGGUUUGACUCAUCAUACCGCAAAGGGGCUGAUUGUCCCAGAUGUUCAUCAUGAGACCGCUAGGGAUACAGCGAGUCGACAUGGAUACGCUCAAGAAUUAGAGUACAUCUCCACAAGAGAUAUACUGGAUGCCCCUCCUUCGCCAACUGGGGAUUCUCACUCUGCGGUGCACCAUGAUAACGAUAUCUCACUCACCAUCAGAAGGCCUUCACGCCUUCGGAAAGUGACUUCGCGCUUAUCACUCAGGGAAAGGAUCACUUUCACCGGUUUCACGCAUCCGAAACCAUCACGCAAGAAGCUUUUUAGGUCACCAUCUAUGGGUCAUAGCCUACGACAAAGAGACGAUCCCGACAUUGCUAUCCCUGCCAUGUUUGGCGCGGGGUUAAAGUCUCGUCGGCUCGGCACCACUCUCCCAGCAAACUUCAAUGUCGACUCGUGUGAGCUCAGCGAUGAGUUUUGUAAUCGACGGAUAAUGUUCGGCAAAAGCGGCAAACAAAUAGGCAGGGGUGCGACAGCUAUAGUACGAACUAUGUAUCGAAAGGGCGGGUCAAAGAAUGACAUCUAUGCCGUCAAAGAAUUCCGGAAAUGCGGACGAAACGAAGAUAAAGUGGAAUACGAGAACAUGGUCAAAUCGGAAUUCAGCAUCGCCAAAAGCCUUCACCACCCAAACAUUGUGGAAACAGUUCGUCUUUGCACGCACUCCGGCAGAUGGAAUCAUGUUAUGGAGUUUUGUGAAUAUGGGGAGUUGUUCUUGUUGAUUAAGCAAGGAUACCUUCGUGACAUUGAUAAUCUUUGUUUUUUCAAGCAACUCUUACGAGGCGUAGCAUAUCUACACCAAAAUGGCAUUGCCCAUCGGGAUAUCAAGCCCGAAAACCUCUUGGUCACGUCAGACGGACAACUGAAAAUCACUGAUUUUGGUGUUUCAGAAGUCUUCUUAGGGAUACACCCGGGGCUCAGAACUGUCAACCAAACAGAAAAUGAUCCAGGGCAAACGAAGGAGGUUCGAAAAUGCCCCCCGGGCAUUUGUGGCAGUAUACCUUACUCAUCGCCAGAGGUUCUUGCUGAAAGUGGAGAUUAUGACCCGCGUGCUCUUGAUGUAUGGUCAUGUGCCAUUGUGUGUUUCACUUUAUUUGUGCGGGGUAGCCCAUGGAAGGCUGCAAAACCCGAAGAUCCUCACUACAGAAAGUUUUUGGCUGGAUGGCACAAGUUCCUCCUUCGGAACCCGAAUGGUGUCAUAACCGAGACAGAAUCACCAACAUGCGGUCGAAUCUUCACCACAUUCCCGAAGAAAGGAUUGAAUCAGCUUGUACUCAAGAUGCUGCAUCCAGAUCCUGAGACUCGUAUUUCGAUCGAAGAGGCUCUAAACGAUAAGUGCAUCCAGACCAUCGACUGCUGCAGUCCAGAUAUUGAACACGAAACUACUCAGCAGAUCAAUCAAGGAACCCGCAUGGAUACUGUGUUUGAUGUUAUCAACAAGGACAGUCUGAGGAUGGCCCGAAAGAAGGCACAUCGUCAUCUUCCCCCAGAGAAGAAGCGUUCAUGACUAGCGAUGCUUUGUUGCACAAAUUGAAGGAAGGGAUUCAAAAAUCAUUCUAUGUAAAUAAUCAGGCUUUUGUCAACUCGGUUCUGGAGCACUCAUUACCAGGGAUCGUUGUUACACGUAGCAUCUGCAUCUUGACAGACUAUUUAUUUCUUUCC